CCAGGGCUUCUGACUUCAAGGCCAGAGGGAAGGGGUAAGCCUGAGAGAGGAGGAAGAGGAGAAGGAAGAAGAAUUCGACAAUUCCCUGGCCCAUUAUUUCAAGGAGCAAGGCGGAGGAGAAGAGAGCUCUGUUCGGGAAUUUUUGGGGUGUACUGGGUUCAAGAACACGUGGGUUUCCAGUUAGAUUCCAAGCAGUGUCAAACUUGAGCAACCAAAGCUCCCUAGCUGUGGGGCCACCUUAACAGCCCCGUCUUGCAAGCUUCACCCGCCCCAGGGGCAGUUCCUGUUCCCCUACCCCAUCCCAGGGACCAUACAGAUUAUUGGGUUCCCGCCCUGAUCCUCCUUUUGGGCUGAGAGGACUGCCUGUGUCCUGGGGCUGCAGCACCCUGGGACCCCUACCUUUUUGAGUCCCACAAUAACCACAGCACCCUGAGACUUGCCCCACCCCUGCCCCCCCAGUCCUGGGCCUCCAGGAUGGAGUUCUCGGAAUUGAUCCGUACUGGCCGGGCAGAGGCGCUUCUCCUGCCUGGUCCUGGGCAGUCUACGGUGAGGGGCACGCUGUGUAUCACCAGCCACCACCUGCUGCUGUCUGCGGGGCACGGAAGCCCUAGCGACCUGUGGCUGUUGUUGCACAAUGUGGAUGCAGUGGAAAAGAGGGUGGCGGGAAACUCAGGCACCAUCACACUGAAGUGUAAGGACCUGCAGGUUCUGCAGCUGGAGAUCGAAGGCUUGGGGGAGACGCUGGACAUCGCCAGCUCCAUCGAGGCCUUGUCCUCGCUGGAAUCUGUCACCACUUCCUAUCCAUUCUUCUUCAGGCCCCAGAGCCUGAGGCUGGGAGACGCCGAGGACCUGUACCCCCCGGACCACUUCUAUCAGCAGGUGGCCCUCGAGACUGACGCCUGGCGCCUGAGCACGGUCAACAGGGACUUCCAGGUGUGCGCCAGCUACCCGCCUGCCCUGGUGGUGCCCCGCGGGAUCGGGGACGAGGUCCUGGCACGGAGCGCCCACUUUCGUCAAGGUGGCCGCUUCCCUGUGCUCAGUUACUAUCAUAGUACCAACGGCACAGUGAUGCUCCGCUCCAGCCAGCCCUUGCAGGGGGCCAACCGGCGACGCUGUGCGGAGGACGAGGAGCUGCUGCGGGCAGCUCUGGCCCUGGGCGGUCAGCGGGGCUUAGUCUUGGACACCCGCUCGGCCCAGGCCGUCAAGCAGGCCCGAAUAACCGGGGGUGGCACGGAAGCCAAGGCAGCGUACCCUGGCUGGAAGCGGCUGCAUCGGCCCCUGGAGAGGGGCCGGCCCCUGCAGGACAGUUUUGUGCGUCUGGUAGAGGCCUGUACAGAUCCCUCACUGAGCAUGGACCGCUGGCUCAGCCGGCUCGAUGGCUGUCGGUGGCUGACGCAUGUUAAGGAAGCACUGACCACUGCCUGUCUGGUAGCCCAGGGCAUGGAUAGGGAAGGGGUCUGUUUCCUGGUCCAUGGGGCUGAGGGCACUGAUGCCACCCUCCUCGUGACCUCACUGGCACAACUCAUCCUGGAUCCCAAAUGCAGAACCAUGCAUGGCUUCCAAAGCCUGCUGGAACGGGAAUGGAUCCAGGCUGGUCACCCUUUUCAGCAGCGAUGUGCCCACUCUGCCUAUGCCCAAGGCCGCCCCAAACACGAGGCGCCCACCUUCCUGCUGUUCCUGGACUGUGUGUGGCAGCUGAGCCGGCAAUUUCCGCUUUCCCUGGAGUUUGGGGAAGGGAUGCUGCUGGCCUUGUUUGAGCACGCUUACGCUUCACCCUUUGGCACCUUUCUCUGCAACAGCGAGAAGGAGAGGUACUUGUGUGAAGUGAAGACAAAGACACACUCCUUAUGGUCCAGUCUGAACCAAUCAAAGGAACGACAAAGAUUCUGUAACCCAAUCUACUCACCGAACCCCCUGGCCUUAUGGCCUUCAGUGGAGCCCCAGAGCCUUCAGUUGUGGGCAGGUAAGGUGUCCUUCCCAGUCCCCCUGCCAGCCCUCAGUAUAGGCUCAGCUCUAACUGGCUUCCUCCCCACACCUAAUUCUAGGCCUUUUCCUCCGAUGGACUCGUCCACCUGAGCCUGUCCAAGAGGCAUGGACACAGCUCUGGAAAAUAGUGACAGAGGAAGAAGUGGUGGACACCCUAUGAAGCCUCCAUCCUUGAGCACAGGAGCACUCACUCUAAAUGCCCACUUCUAGCCUUUGCUUCAGACUUUAAAGGCCCUAGGGUGCCUAGUUGGCAGCCUAGAAGACUGAAAGCCCAAGCAGGGACUCCAGCAGCUCCAAGGCUCAGCUGUAGGUAUUCCCAACCUUUUUACUUCCAGGGCCAUGAAGUAGAGGAAAAAGCUGACAAUAAAUGAACCUGUGCUUGUC